AUGUCCCACUCGCCCCAAAGCGGCAAGCCCUUGGAAGCAGCGCUGUCCGGCAGAGAGGCUGCACCCGGAAAUCGCGGAACCAGAACUCCGCCCAAAUCGGCCAGCAGCCCCCCGGCGGUGACAUCCCACAGAAGCAAAGCGAAUAGCCCGAGCCGAUCGUCUCCACCUGGCAGCCCGAGCCAGCCGAGCUUCUCGCGCCGCUUCCUUCGCAGCGCUGUCGGGAAGUUCAAGUCCGUCAAGACAAAUGCUCCCAGCACAGACGCCUCGACGCCGAAGCGGCAGGAACAACCCAAUGCGCCGGCGGUGGCGCACGUCCUGCCGGCAGCGUCGGCCACGUCCCUCUACGCGGCGAGCGACACCACGGCUGGAGUCGAGGCCACCGAAGGGAGGGACUCGACGGCCCCCACCACUGGAGCCACCGUCAGGGAUUCCCGAAUGCCGGCCUCUUCUGGGCGACCGCACACUUCGGCGUCGCCUAGAUCAUCCGUGGUACGUAGAGCGCCAGAACGCCACACGGGCUCGCCCGGCCACCGUGGCUCGCCCGAGGACCGCGCUGCAGAGCCGAACGUCGCCUCGGCUGGUCAGAAGUCGUCGAAGCAGGAGGCGGCACAGAGCGCUCCGGCGGCGUGGAAGUUCCCGCUGUCACCCGAGCACGUGUGCUGCCUUAUCGUCGUGAUUCUGGCAGCAAUCAUCACGGUGGCGUUCGCCGUCAUCUACUUAAAGAGCAGCCGGAACUCGACGGCCGCCGCAAUGAGGGCAGCGCCCGAGUUCGCCGGUGCUUGCGCUGACGAGGACGCCCCUGUGGGAUGCCGUAACGUUACCCUGUACAUGCUGGACGCAAUGAACCCCGACGCGCGACCGUGUGAAGACUUCUACGAGAGCGUAUGCGGAUGGUGGGGAGCGAAGAAUCCCGAUAGGAGGCCUUUCCUGGAGGAGCACGUGACCACCUUCAACCGUCGCGUCGCCGACGCACUCGCGAACAAGGCGAAUAUUCACUUUGAAAACUCUAGCGGCGAACGUACGGAGAGUCUCGAGACUCAAAUGGCGCUGUUCUACACCAGUUGUUUCAUGGCGUCCACCGGCCAAAGCGAGACGAGUAAUGCCACCGCCGUUCUCGAAGCGAUAGGCAUCGAGAUCCGGAAGUGGGAGAACGUCCCGACGUUCGCCGCUCUGCUCGAUCUAGCGGUCAGCACUACCCUGAAGAGCGGUCUCUCGUCCUUCGUUCGCAUAGAUUUCUCGGCAAAGCGGACACUCCACGUGGAUGUGGGACAGUCGUUAGCGUCGACGUUUUCUCGGAACUCUCAAAAGACCAGAAUGUUUGUAGCACGUGCUCUCCGCGAUCUCGGGGAAGAGUCAUUGCCAGCCUGGAUCAACCCUUCGACGCUCUUAACUAUCGACCAUGUCGUUGAUUACGAGCGAUCCAACGGCAACGACCAGACGUGGUCGGCACUCAAAGGUCCGGAGGAACUCAAGUAUAUCGCUCCUGAAAUCGACUGGAGAGACGCCUUGGAACGAGGCCUGCCUUCUAGGUUCAGGAGUGACGCUCCGCGUCAGAUGACGGUGCAGAUAAGAGCAGCGGGAAACAUACGAAACACCGUUGGUCGUCUGAGGCAACUACCGCUACGACAAGCCAGCCUGUACUUUCUACUCGUCUUGCUUGCGCAGGUGAUGAAGUACGCACCGUCCAUGGAAGAGCAGGCCUCGAGUUCUGUGGCCGAUGCGAGUUUGUCGAGCUGCUUGCGACUCACAGCGGCCAAAUUCGACCGGUUCUACCCGCUCUGGGUGGCGCGAACCUUCCAGAGAAAGGACGAGGUUGCGGGAGCCCUGGCGAUGUUCAAGGACGUAACGUCCACGCUUCGCAAUGACAGUCGGGUCAACGCGGGUGUCCUGAUAGACAGGCGCAGGCUGACCAAUGCGCGACUCGUCCUGUACGACGAGACAGGGAACGCCAGCCUGCCGACGGUGCCUCUGGUGGCGACUCUGGGCCCUCACUUCCUUCCCAACAUCGCCGCUGUAGCAGCUGCGAGAGUGGGCGAGGAGGAAACGGUCCCGGAAGAUUACUGGCUGCCACAGCUGCGAGGACACGUAGGCUACCGCGCCGACGCCAACUUUCUGGUCAGUUCGGCCUACCUGUCUGGAAGCAGCGUCUUCGCAUAUUUCUCCAUGGACCGCAAGAUUCAGACAAUGACACAAUACGCAACUCUGGGCACACUCAUCCUGCGCUCCAUUUUCGAUUCCGACGCCGGGUACUUUCCAACGUGGGCUCGCGGUUACAUCAACCGGUGCUUCGCCGCUUCGGCGUCGACGGUGCUGGGUCGACCGGUGGACCAGACGCAGGCCAAGAAAUUCAUGCGUACCCGUUGGUCAGCACAGCUCGCCUGGCUGCUCGAGACUAGGCGGCUCGCCGAGGAAGCCAGCCACGAAGAGGAAGCUGCUUCCGCUGCGUCCCAUAGAGUCACGAGGGACGCAGUCGACCGGAAGUUUGGUCUCGACAGGCUCUUCUUCCGCCUUCUGUGCUUUGUCCAGUGCGGCGAGCCGGACGGCAGGGAAGUGUGCAACGACAUGGCCAGAUGCGACCGGCGUUUUGCUGAAGCAUUCCGGUGUGACGCGGUUUCCGCAGAGUGGCCCGGCAGCUGCGACUGUUACGGCAUGAACCACUGCAAAACACACUUUCCAGUGAAUUGGGACGCCCACCCGAGUGUGGUUUGAAUUUCACUCGAAAUUUAUUUGGCGCCACAGUUUCAAGGAUUUGCAGUUACUCUGCUUAAUUGCAAAGAAACAUGCGCCCAUCAAGUAAAAUAAAAUACUUAGU